AUGUGCGAGAAAAAAAUGUUUUCUUCAUGCAUCGACAUGUCGAGGUUUUUCGACUUUAGCCUCUAUAGGCGAACGGAGGAGCGACUGCGCCCCGCCGAAAAAGAACUCAGUGGUCGUUUUCACUCUACCGAAAACGUGCAACUGGUCUACAAACGAGCCUUGUCGGAAAUAGGCUCUGCCGUAGCUUAUCCCGACGUGACACGCACAAUGGAUGCGAUCUUCAGUGAAUCAAUUCAGACUGAAGAUUUGCCCCAAGUGCCCGACAUGAACAACGCUGUCCUCUGUCGUCUCGCUGCCUUCACCGAAAGGGCGAUCUCGAGUCAGAGAGAAUUUGCCACCAGAACGUUCUCCAACAGCAACGUGCCGACAGCAUUCCUUCCUCGGCCGUCAUACAGUUCGUACGGCGACGAACACAAGCUUUUGCGGCGUUAA